AUGCCUUUCAUGAGCUCUACCAUUCAGCAUAGAUCAAACAUUACAAAUAACUUUACAUCCCUAUUCAAGAAACCCUCAUCCAUUCCGCUUGCUUUGGCGCCAUCUUCCUCUUCACAUCCUUCGAUGCCUAUGGAUAACUCUCACUCUUCUUAUCCAAACCACUCAGUGCCCUUGGCAAAUCCCUCAAUGUCCAUGACCAAUCCUUUGGUGCCCAUGGCAAAGACCUCGGUACCCAUGACAAUUCGUUCGAUGCCCAGUAAUGUUAGAGUCCCAAUAGCCAAGGAGAAGGAGGUUUUGAACCCACCUUUGUCUGUGAUAGAGAGGGAUCAUGGGUUUGGAGUGAGUAACAAAUAUGUGUCUAUUGGAGAGGAUGGAAAAACGGGAUAUGAUAAUAUGAAGGCAUGUGAUGAAGUCUGCCCUUCUACUCAUUUACAGGGGGAGACGCGUGAUGUAGUGCUGCUAGAGGAUGGAAUCCUUGAAUGUUUGUUGAACCAACAACACUAUUCAUCUGCAUCUUCUUCCUUCUUGGUGGAUCAUUCGUAUAAGCGGAGAGGAAGACAAAAUUUUUCCGUGGAUGAUGAAAAUGGUCUGAUUAGAGACAAAGAACCACCUAACAAGGGUUUUAGCUCUGACCAAGAAAGCACAAAGAAUUGGGUUGAUAUGAUAGAGGAUUCGGCUGAUGAUGAAGCUCAUAGGCUCGCUUUGGUUACUCAAAUAGUAGAUGAAUACUCAGAUUCAAGUACUGGGUGCAGUCCCAGAGAGAAUGUCGUCCCAUCUACUUUAUGA